CAAACGUUCUACUGUAGUAGUGAAUGUUUAAUUGUGUUAAGUAGUACGUGACUGUCGUUUUUGAUGUUGACUGCAUAAAAUUCAAGGCAAGGAAGCUAUGCGGUAAUGAUUCGCGUUACAAAAGCUUUAAUUUUGAACUCGAAUUCAUCGGCCUUGCAUUUUUCAAAUCUGGCAUUUGUUCCAAAAUGUAAUCCAGUGUCUGAAGAAGAAAUAAAACAAUUAAAAAAGUAUCUAGACUCUUGUGGUCGAUUAUGUGUUUUAACGGGAGCAGGAAUAUCAACGGAAUCUGGAAUUCCUGAUUAUAGAUCUGAAGAUGUUGGGCUUUUCGCUACCAGCAACAAAAAGCCAGUUUCUUAUCAAGAAUUUUGUAGGAGUGACAAAGUCAGGAGACGAUACUGGUCAAGAAAUUAUGUUGGUUGGCCCAGGUUUUCCAAAUUCGCUCCAAAUGUUUCACACAAACUUCUGAAACAUCUAGAGGACAUUGGUCAAAUUAGUUGUGUCAUUACUCAAAAUGUUGACAAUUUGCAUAAAAAAGCUGGAAGUCAAAAUGUCAUAGAACUACAUGGUACCGCUUUCAGAGUUAUGUGUCUAAAUUGUGAUCACACGAUUAGUAGAUAUUCUUUUCAAGAGUUUCUUGACAAACUAAAUCCCAACUUUAUUUCAACAGAUACGAAAAUCCGUCCUGAUGGAGAUGUAGAAUUAUCUCAGGAACAAGUAGAUGAAUUCAAUAUACCUCCAUGUUCCAAUUGUCAAGGAAUAUUAAAACCUGAUAUUGUUUUUUUUGGAGACAAUGUAACAAGAGAAGUGGUACAACAAGUAAAAAAUGAAGUGAAAGUUGCUGAUUCUCUGCUAGUUCUUGGAACAUCUCUCAACACUUUUUCGGGAUACAGAAUAAUUCUGCAAGCUGUGGAUGCUAAAAAGCCAAUUGCAAUAGUCAGCAUUGGCGAAACAAGAGGCGACAAUCACGCAAAUAUUAAAAUUCAAGGAAGAUGUGGAGAAGUUCUUUCUAAAAUUUAUGGAAAUCGACAGAAGAACGUAAGUUGACAACAUGAGUAUUGAAUAAUUUUUUUUUUUUUUUUAUUAGUUAAAAAGAAAUUGAAGCAAACUACUUGUUUUAAAGUAGUUUACUGAGUAAUUAUACUCAAAUUCAUAUAAUUAUUAGAGUUAAAUUAAAAAAAUGUACAAACAAAUAUGAUUUAUAUAUGCAAAUUUACGCAUAUAAAGCUGUGAUGCCAAAAUUAGAAAUAAAUUUAAAAAUAAAA